AUGAAAGAGCAACGAGAUGUCGCGGCAUCGCCAAAGUACAGAGUCCUCUGUCUCCAUGGAAUUGGGACCAACAGUGAAGUGUUCGAGGCACAAACGGCGGCUCUUCGCUAUCGCCUCGGUGCAAACUUCGAGUACGAAUUUCUUGAUGGCUCCUUUCCAUGGCCCGCGCUGCCCGGUAUCAGCGAGGUCUUCGGCAAUGACCAAAUGUACUUUUCGUAUCACGACGGGUCAGGAGAAAGUGCAUAUCAGGCCGUGCGAGAUCUUGCGGCGUACGCGACGGAAAACGGACCCUUCGAUGCGGUCCUGGCGUUUUCCUUGGGCGCUGCACUUGCCGCGACGCUGCUGAUUGAAGACGCUUCCCGUGCAUUGUUUCGAUGCGCAAUAUUCAUAUGUGCGACCCUGCCGUAUGAUGUGGAAGAACUUCAAGCAGGGCGACUCCAGCUCUUGAGUGGAGAGAUCAGUCGGAACAGCAUUCGGAUCCCAACCGUCCAUGCGUGGGGCACUAACGACACUGAGUACAUGCACGAAAGCGCCCAGCUUGUACAGAUGAGUGUAGAAGGCAAACGUGUCGAGGUCAAGCACGAUGCGGCACAUGGAGUGCCCACGCAAGGAGAGUCCUUGGACCACUUAGCUGAAGCCAUUAUUAGCACCGUGUGCGGCACUUGA